UUCUGUCAAUUUUCUUCCUCUUUUCUAGGUUUCUCUUCUUGCUCAAGGAGCUAACUCAUCCGGUAACCAAAAGAAAGGCACAAGUAUAAAAUUAAUCAAGGAAUAUUUACAUAUUCGUUCUAGGUGGAUCACUGGUAUCAGGGGGAGCGUUGGACUUUCAAAAAGGAAAAAAAAUCCCCGGCCGGUCUGGGUUUUAUAUACAUGUUUCGCAAAUCUGCUGAGUUUCCCAUUCUGAGGAUGCCUACAGCAAGGAUGUGGUCUUGGACUGUAGGAGCUGUCUUUCUUAUGUGGCUUUUUCCAUCUUCUUUACUUGUUGGAGCUCAAGAUGGCAUCACGCACCCAGCUGAAGUCAGGGCGUUACGAGCCAUAAGGAGAACUUUGGUUGAUAACAAUAAGAACUUGAGUAAUUGGAAUCGAGGAGACCCAUGCACAUCGAAUUGGACAGGAGUCUUGUGCUUUAAUACAACUCAGGAUGAUGGCUAUCUACAUGUUAGAGAACUGCAACUAUUGAAUAUGAAUCUUUCAGGAAGUUUAUCACCUGAUCUUGGCCUCUUAUCUCGCUUACAAAUAUUGGAUUUUAUGUGGAAUGGCAUAAGUGGAAGUAUCCCAAAGGAGAUUGGAAAUAUUACAUCCUUGGAACUCUUGCUCCUAAAUGGAAACCACUUGACAGGUCCUUUGCCUGAAGAAAUUGGUUUUCCAAAUUUGGACAGAAUACAAAUUGACGUGAAUAACAUAUCUGGCCCAAUACCCAGAUCAUUUGCAAACUUAAACAAAACCAAGCAUUUUCACAUGAACAACAAUUCAAUUAGUGGACAAAUCCCUCCUGAACUCGCCAGAUUACCGUAUCUUGUUCACUUCCUUCUGGACAAUAACAAUUUAUCCGGGCAUCUUCCACCAGAGCUAUCCAGAAUGCCGAAUUUAACUAUCCUUCAACUUGAUAACAACAACUUUGAAGGGACAACAAUUCCAGCUUCUUAUCGCAAUAUGUCUAAAUUGUUGAAACUGAGCCUCAGGAACUGUAAUUUGCAAGGACCAAUACCUGAUCUAAGUACGAUACCCCAACUUGGUUAUUUAGACCUUAGUUCAAAUCGGCUUAAUGGUACCAUACCUACAAAUCAGCUUUCUCAGAAUAUCACAACCAUAGACUUAUCCAACAAUGAACUUACUGGAAACAUUCCUGUCAACUUUUCGGGCCUACCUAUUCUUCAAGAACUGUCACUUGCCAAUAAUUUAUUGAAUGGAUCCAUUCCGUCCUCCCUUUGGCAGAACAAGACUUUGAAUGCAACAGAAAGUCUUAUUGUGGAUUUGGAGAACAAUAUGCUUACUGAUAUUUCAGGCAGCACUAACCUCCCUCCAAAUGUCACUCUCUGGCUCAAAGGGAAUCCUGUGUGCACAAAUAACAACUUAAGUUUACCCCAGCCGUGUGCAUCUCGAAGUGAUAAUGUUGUUAGAAAUCAGUCUGCAACAAACUCCACUGCUGCCUGUCCACCUCAGUCGUGCCCCUUCCCUUUAGAAUAUUCACCUACAUCUAACUUAUCUUGCUUUUGUGCUGCACCUCUUCUUGUUGGAUACCGGUUGAAGAGUCCUGGCUUUUCAGAUUUUGUCCCAUAUAUAAGUAAAUUUGAGGAGUACCUUAUCGCUGGUCUUGAAUUGGAUUUUAAUCAGCUAUAUAUUGAUUCGUUUGAAUGGGAAAAAGGACCCAGAGUGAAAAUGUACUUGAAGCUCUAUCCUGUCUAUAAUGCCAGCAACAACACUGGUUUGUUCAAUAGAAACGAGGUUCAGCGAAUCAGGGGAAUGUUCACGGGAUGGCAUAUUCCAGAUAGCGAUAUUUUUGGACCAUACGAACUCCUCAACUUCACUUUGCUGGACGUCUAUAGGGACGUGUUUGUCACCACUUCAAGAUCUGGUAUAAGUACGGGUGCACUGAUUGGUAUUGUACUUGGGGGUAUUGCUGUUGCAGUUACAUUAUCUGCAGUUGUCACUCUCUUAAUCUUGAGAGUGCGAUUGAGGAACUACCGUGUAAUUUCAAAACGUCGUCAAACUUUGAGAGCGCCAAUCAAGAUAGAUGGUGUCAAGAGUUUCACUUACACGGAAUUGGCUAUGGCAACAAACAAUUUUAACAGCUCCGCACAAGUUGGCCAAGGUGGGUACGGGAAGGUUUAUAGAGGAACUUUGGCUGAUGGCUUGGUAGUAGCCAUAAAACGUGCACAAGAGGGAUCAUUACAGGGUGAAAGGGAGUUCCUUACUGAAAUUCAAUUAUUGUCAAGAUUACACCAUCGGAACCUUGUAUCUUUGAUUGGAUAUUGUGAUGAAGAAGGCGAGCAGAUGUUAGUAUACGAGUUUAUGUCAAAUGGCACUCUAAGGGAUCAUCUUUCGGUUAACUGUAAAGAGCCUAUGAGUUUUGCAAUGAGAUUAAAAAUUGCCCUUGGUUCAGCCAAGGGAAUCCUCUACCUACACACCGAAGCAGAUCCUCCCAUAUUCCAUCGAGAUAUCAAGGCCAGCAACAUAUUAUUGGAUCCAAAGUUCACUGCAAAGGUUGCUGAUUUUGGCUUAUCAAGACUUGCCCCAGUUCCAGAUUUGGAAGGGGCAGUGCCUGCUCAUGUAUCUACAGUUGUAAAGGGGACACCGGGUUACCUCGAUCCUGAGUAUUUCCUAACACAUAAAUUGACAGACAAGAGUGAUGUCUAUAGCCUGGGUGUUGUAUUUCUGGAGCUUUUGACCGGGAUGCAACCGAUUUCACAUGGAAAGAACAUUGUUCGAGAGGUUAACGUUGCAUAUCAAUCGGGUAUGGUAUUCUCGGUGAUUGAUGGGAGAAUGGGUUCUUAUCCUUCUGAAUGUGUGGAGAAGUUCUUGACAUUGGCCCUCAAAUGUUGCCAAGACGAGACAGACUGUAGACCUUCAAUGGCAGAUGUGGUUCGUGAACUUGAAAAUAUUUGGGUGAUGAUGCCAGAGUCAGACAUGGGGGUCUCAGAAUCCAUUGACACCGUAGCUGAAAAGAUGACGCCACCAUCCUCCUCCCCAUCAUCAUCAAUGGUGAAGAAUCCCUACGUGUCAUCGGAUGUUUCUGGUAGUGACCUUGUAAGUGGAGUCAUUCCCUCCAUCACGCCUAGAUGAAUGAAGGUGGAAGCUACUUUGUUGGUUCCUGAUACGAAUUACGAUAUGUACAUAAUCUAUUGCCUUGUUCAGAUAAAGCAGUACUAGUUUGUUUACGUUUUAUGCUCUUGUAAUAUUGCUUUUUCCUGCUCUGCUCCUAUGCUAACCAACAUCAUCAGCAAAUUAGGAAUACAAAUAUGCUAUUGAAUGAA